AAUCUGGAAUCGGGACCCCUUUCCUAUCUCUAUCUCCCUCUCUCUCUCUCUCUCUCUCUCUCAAACGGCUUAUCAACUGUCGCCGUUCGAUCUCUUUCUCUCUCCGUUGAACUUCCGGCGUCGCGCGUUUUCUGGAGCCGUAGCCAUGGCGAGGCAGGGAGGAUAGUGUUCGAGGUCGCGGAUGGAGUUUUGAUGGUGUUUUGUGGUUUCUCGGAGGGAAUUAUAUAUAUAUAUUGUUGGGCGUUGAGUAUGGAGGAGAGGAGUGGGACACGGCUGAGCAGCACGUACGACACCGUAUGGGAGUGCGUGAUACCCUACAUCCAGGAAUCGCGGGACCGGGAUGCGGUGUCGAUGGUGUGCAAGAGGUGGUUCGAGAUCGACGCCAUCACGCGGAAGCACGUGACCAUGGCCCUCUGCUACACCGCCUCCCCGGAUCAGCUCGCCCGCCGCUUCUCUCUCCUGGAGUCGCUCAGGCUCAAGGGAAAGCCACGCGCCGCCAUGUUCAACCUCAUCCCCGAGGACUGGGGUGGCCAUGUCACCCCCUGGGUUGAGAAGAUUGGCCGCAACUUCUCCCGCCUCAAGGUUCUCCACUUCCGCCGCAUGAUUGUUAAGGAUUCCGAUCUCGAGAAUCUAUCCCGCACUCACGGUAAGAUUCUUCAGGCUCUUAAGCUCGACAAAUGCUCCGGAUUCUCCACUGAUGGCCUCUUGUAUAUUUGCCGUUCCUGCAGAAACCUAAGAACUUUGGUUCUUGAAGAGAGUACGGUAGUUGAGAAUGAUGGAGAUUGGCUGCACGAGCUUGCCUUGAACAAUACAGUUCUUGAGAAUUUGAACUUUUACAUGACAGAUCUCAGCAAAGUCAAAGCUGAGGACAUUGAAUUGAUCGCCAGAAAUUGUCCUUCCCUGGCAUCGAUGAAAAUAAGCGACUGUGAUAUAUCUCAUCUUUUUGGGUUUCUCCGAUCAGCAACUGCACUGGAAGAGUUUUGUGGUGGUUCAUUUGGUGAACAACCAGAACUUGGUGAAAAUGGCUAUAAUGAGCAACUUGGAAAGUACUCUGCUCUAUCUUUUCCACCAAGAUUAUGCUCUGUUGGUCUUACAUACUUGGGGACACAUGAGAUGCCCAUUGUCUUUCCUAUUGCUUCCCGGCUUAAAAAAUUGGAUCUCCUAUAUGCGCUUCUUGACACUGAAGGUCAUUGUCUCUUGCUGGAAAGGUGUCUCAACUUGGAAGUUUUAGAGACAAGAAAUGUAGUUGGAGAUCGAGGGUUAGAAGUUCUUGCGCGCCAUUGCAAGAGAUUAAAGAGGCUGCGAAUUGAGCGAGGAGCUGAUGAACAAGAAAUGGAGGACGAAGAAGGCGCAGUUUCACAAACAGGACUAAUGGCUCUGGCCCAAGGAUGCCUGGAAUUGGAGUACUUGGCUGUUUAUGUAUCAGACAUCACAAAUGAAGCAUUGGAGUCCAUUGGCACACACUCAAAGAAGCUCUGCGAUUUUCGUCUGGUCCUGCUUGACCGCGAAGAAAGAAUCACAGACCUGCCACUUGACAAUGGCGUGAGAUCUUUACUAAUAGGAUGUCACAUGCUCAGAAGAUUUGCUCUCUAUCUUCGGCCCGGAGGGCUAACAGACAUGGGACUGAGCUACGUUGGACAGUACAGCCCAAACGUAAGAUGGAUGCUGCUGGGAUACGUGGGAGAAUCAGACAACGGUCUCCUGGAAUUCUCAAAGGGCGCUCCAAGCCUCCAAAAACUCGAAAUGAGAGGGUGCUGCUUCAGUGAACGAGCGCUAGCCAUGGCUGCCACUCGGCUGCAAUCUCUGAGAUACUUGUGGGUGCAAGGAUACAGGCCAUCUCCAACUCGCCAGGAUCUUCUGUUGAUGUCACGCCCGUUCUGGAACAUUGAACUCAUUCCUGCAAGACGAAUUAUCGCCACAAACCAGAGCGGUGGAACUGUGGUUGCAGAUCAUCCAGCCCACAUACUCGCAUAUUAUUCUCUUGCUGGACAGAGAAGAGACUUCCCAGAAUCUGUCAUCUCUUUGGAACCCAAUGCCUACCUUGCUGACUGAAUAUACUCUGUAAAUAUAGAUUCUUUUUUUUUUUUUUUUUUUUGAGAGAGAGAGAGAGAGAGAGAAUUACAGGCCAGCUUUUCCCGUUACUUAUAUGUCCAUAAGCCAGUUUUUCUUCCUUUUAACUUUACCCUGAAACGAGAUCAAGUUUUCCCCACAUUAGAUUUGAGUUUUUGUUAGACUUAUCACAUGUAAUAAACUGGCCUCCUUUAAUUUUAUUUGUCAUUGUAUAAUUUAGAUACUGUUGUAUUUAACGCAUAAUGUGCAAUAAUUGCCAGUAUUUU